AUGUCUCAGCAAGAACAAGUAUCUAAUCCGUUGAAUUCAAAGCCCAGAAUGUUAUUCGGCAACAAAUUGGACCAGGAGAUAUACGGACCUUGGAAACAAUACUAUAUCGAUUACACCCAACUUAAGAGAUUGUUGAAGGAAAAUGUCAUUUUACAAGACAACUGGAGUGAGAAGGAUGAACAGAGUUUUGUCAAGUUCUUGGACCAGAACUUGGAGAAAGUAUACUCUUUCCAACAUCAGAAAUACGAUGAGUUGAAUACCCAGUUGAACACUUUGCAGCACACCAUCCAGACCCCUGAUAACAAGUUUGACUUGAACCAAUUUUUGAGCAGCUUGGACGAGGUGUUGACUUUGGCCCAGGAGUUGGACCAUUUCCAGAGAUUGAACUACACCGGGUUUAUCAAGAUUGUCAAAAAACAUGAUCGGUUGCACCCUCAAUUUAGUGUCAAGCCCUUGUUGAAUGUUCGGUUGAAGGACUUACCCUUCCACUCCGAGGACUACAGUCCGUUGCUCUACAAGAUCAGUGCGUUGUUCCAGUUCUUAAGAGAGAACUACGAUAUCAACCAGUCGUUGAACAAGUUGUCGAGUUUUAACGACACAGAUACUUCCAACUACCAGAGUUUCAAGUUCUGGAUUCACCCCGAUAAUUUGAUGGAAGUGAAAACCACCAUCUUGAGACAUUUGCCGGUGUUGAUUUUCAACUCGAAUGGGAUUGGAGGCUCGGAUGACGAUGAUGAUGACGAGUAUGAUGAUGAUAACGACAACAACAAACAUGAUCCCAUCAUCAACUGUCUUUACUUCGAUAACCCCCACUUCGACAUCUACAACUCUAAGUUGACCAAGCUGCCCAACUCCUCGACCUUGAGAUUGAAGUGGUUGGGAAAUUUGGCCAAGCACUCCAAGAUUUCCAUGGAAAAGAAGAACUUUGACCCCUCAUCGGAGAACUUCAAUAUCAACGAGAAGCUUUCUAUUAAGCCAAAGAACAUCAAUUCUUUGAUCAACAAUAGGCUCAACUUUUUGAAAAAGAAGGAAACCGAUGAAGUGGAAAUCUUCAAGAAGUUUGGCGAGUUCAUUUAUGAACAGGAGUUGCAGCCGGUUUUGAGAACCGUCUACAAAAGAACCGCUUUCCAAAUCCCUGGUGAUGAUAAGAUCAGAAUCACCAUCGACUCAAACUUAUUGUUUAUCAGAGAAGACUCUUUUGAUAAACAAAGACCAAUUAGAGACCCUACAGACUGGCACAGGUCUGACAUCGACUCUAACCCUAACUAUGAGAAAUACCUUAGAACGGGAGAAUUCAACAGAUUUCCAUAUUCAGUGAUGGAAAUCAAGAUCAAAAGAUUCAGUUCCAACAGGAAAAUCUUAUGGAUUGAGGACUUGAUCAAUUCUCAUUUGGUCAAGGAGAUCCCCAACUUUUCUAAGUUUAUUCACGGAAUCUCAUCAUUGUUCUUAGAAGAUGACCAUUUGGAUAAUAUCCCAUUCUGGUACAACGAAUUAGAACAAGAUAUUAAAAUCGGUCCAGGUCAGUACUUCAAACAACAUUCCAAUUCAAUCAAGCAAGAGAAUGACGAUGAUAACUUGAAUAAGUUCAAAUCUAUGGUGAGUAACUCCAAUAACUUGAACUUGAGAAAAUCCUUCAGUGGAGCAUUGUUGUUGGAUGAACCACUUCAGGAUGGUGAAACUCCCUUCAGGAUGUUGAAUAAAUACGCUUACGACAACGAUGAUUCUGGAGAUGGUUCGGAGGUCGACGAAAGCUCUGAAGACUUAGAUGAUGACUUGGUACCCAGAGAUAGAAUAAACAGCAUUGUUAACUUGGAUACCUCGAAAAACAAGUUGGACAUCGACUCAGAAGAUGAAGAGAUCGAAUUACCCCCAGGUGUCAUCAAACCUGAAAGCUAUAUCAAGAAUGCUGGACCUUUGAGAAUCGAACCUAAAGUAUGGUUGGCCAACGAAAGAACUUUUAACAGAUGGUUGCAAGUCACCACCUUAUUGUCAUCUGUCACCUUCAUCAUUUAUUCUUCUGCCAACAAGGCGAAUGACUAUGACCUUUCUACCUAUUUGGCGUAUGUGUAUUUCGGUUUGACCUUAUUCUCUGGAAUCUGGGGUUACUAUAUCUUUAUGAGAAGAAGAGAAAUCAUCAUGGAAAGAGAUGGGGCUCAUUUGGACAAUAUGGUGGGACCCUUGAUUGUUGCGGGAGGAUUGGUAUUUGCUUUGAUCUUCAACUUUGUGUUCGGAUUCAAGAGAGUUUACAGCCUGCCUGCAGCCUUGGAAUUUUAUAAUGAGUACCCAACCCACCACAAGAUUCACCAAUUUAUUGUGGAAACUCUUUUCUAG